AUAGAAAGGCAGGCAUCGGUGGACAAGAAAGUCUUCUUCAUCGUGGAGCGCUAUAUAACCCCCUAAUUUUCCAAGCCCAAACCCACACCUCUCUCUACUCCCCCACCCCUAUCACCGCCUGCUGGAACAGCUAGAUCCAGGGCUCGAGAUCGAGAUCCCCGGCCAGGAAGCAAUGGCAGGGACGGUGACUGUGCCCGGAUCGUCGGUGCCAUCGACGCCGCUGCUCAAGGACGAGCUGGACAUCGUGAUCCCGACGAUCCGCAACCUCGACUUCCUCGAGAUGUGGCGCCCCUUCUUCCAGCCGUACCACCUCAUCAUCGUCCAGGACGGCGACCCCAGUAAGGCCAUCAAGGUUCCCGAGGGCUUCGACUACGACCUUUACAACCGCAACGACAUCAACCGCAUUCUCGGCCCAAAGGCCUCAUGCAUCUCCUUCAAGGACUCCGCGUGCCGCUGCUUCGGCUACAUGGUCUCCAAAAAGAAGUACGUCUUCACCAUCGACGACGACUGCUUCGUGGCCAAGGACCCAUCUGGCAAAGACAUCAAUGCUCUUGAGCAGCACAUCAAGAACCUCCUCAGCCCGUCAACCCCGUUUUUCUUCAAUACCUUGUAUGACCCCUACCGUGAAGGCGCGGACUUUGUUCGUGGAUACCCCUUCAGCCUUAGGGAGGGUGCACCCACUGCUGUCUCUCAUGGCCUUUGGCUGAACAUCCCUGACUAUGAUGCACCCACACAGAUGGUCAAACCUCGUGAGAGGAACAGCAGGUAUGUUGAUGCCGUCCUGACUAUUCCCAAGGGAACAUUGUUCCCCAUGUGUGGCAUGAACCUUGCUUUUGACCGUCAGCUCAUCGGCCCUGCAAUGUACUUUGGCCUCAUGGGUGAUGGCCAGCCUAUUGGUCGCUACGAUGACAUGUGGGCUGGAUGGUGCGUCAAGGUCAUCUGCGACCACUUGAGCCUUGGAGUGAAGACUGGCCUGCCAUACCUGUGGCACAGCAAGGCUAGCAACCCAUUUGUCAACUUGAAGAAGGAGUACAAGGGCAUCUUCUGGCAGGAGGACAUCAUUCCCUUUUUCCAGAACGCCACCCUUUCCAAGGAGUGUGACACAGUCCAGAAGUGCUACAUCUCACUCUCGGAGCAGGUAAGGGAGAAGCUUGGCAAGAUUGACCCUUACUUCCUGAAGCUUGCUGAUGCCAUGGUCACCUGGAUCGAGGCCUGGGACGAGCUGAACCCAUCUGCUACUCCUGAUGCCGUUGCUGCUGCUGGGAACGGCAAGGCAGCAGCCAAGUAGCUAGCUUGGGAAGUCAAGAGUGUAUGGUUACGGCCUGGAUAUAGCUCUUUUCGAGGAAGAGAUUACUGAAGCAGCUUUUAUAAUUCUUUCAUGUUAUGCUGGUGGUUCUUUUGUAGCUGGAUAAGGAUUUGUUAUCAUUUACAUAAUUCAAGACAAUAAUAUUUAUCAUGUAAUUUUGAGAAAUCAAGCACCGUUUGUUGUUACAGUGAAA